AUGAUUAUCGAGAGUUGUGUGUUGGCUGUGCGGUCCGGGGCAUGCUUUGGAGCGGCGAAUGCGCGUGCCAAGGCUCUUCAAAUCCAGCUGGGUUUCAUGAAUCCCCAGAAGAGCGCAAACAAUGGGUUCGCGGAAGAGUUUGGCCUCUCGUUCAACGUAACACCUCCCGCUGAGGAACCCGGUGCGACGAAGCGUCGAAGACACCCAUGGGGGAGUGAUGCAGGGCCAUACUAUGCGCCAGACACCCUUCACGACUGCAACCACGGUAUAGAUUGCCGCCAGUCGUACGGUUGGAUUGACUCCUGUAAACAGUUGUCGGGAGUCUGUCUAACGGUACACGAGCACAACCACGCGGAAAAGAAAAAAUUUCUGCACAUGCUGAAUGCCAUGAAAUUCGAUCGCUUCGCGUUCAUGGUUGUUCUCAUCAAUGAAACCGAGAACGAGGCGAUCAAUCGCAAAACCGUGGCGGGUUUGGUCCAGCGCGUUCUGGGUCACAGCAGCGACCGGCUGAAAGUGUGCAUGGUAGAAGUUUGGUUUUGCGGCCGGUGCUUCUGCAAGAACCCUUUGAUGCGAUCUUUCGAUCAAGUCGGCCGCGUGAUUUUGACGUUCUUGAGGUAG